UUUGUCAUACACCUGGAGGUGGACAUCAACACUCUAAUUCUUAUAGCACAUUCACUGCAAGUAACAGGUGGAUGGAGUGUGGAAGCAGAAGUUUCCACUGGAGGCCUCACCGGAUACUGCUAUGAUUUUAUGAUGAGCUACUAUGAAGUUGCCCACCAAGCUCCGGCUCCUUUCUUUCUGUUUUGUGCCUCUAUGAACACCCCAUGUUCUUGAUGUUCAAAGGCGCUGGAUUUUUUGUUUGAGCCCAACUCUGGCCAACUUCUACCUGCAGUGCUUCACCCUACUCUGUGGGACAGACGAAGGGGAACAGGGCGCCAUGCCUACUAUGCCCAAUCUCAACAGCCUGGGCAAGCUGUGCAGCUCCAGCCGCAGCCACAGUAUCCACCGCGUCCGGGUGAAGCGCAAGAGCUCGGUCAAGCGCAUGUCCAUUAUCGAAGAUGGGCACGUGGCCGAGGUCCUGUACCUCAUUCCUAAGCAAUACAUGGAGCAGCUGCCCAACCUCGACCCAAAUGAUUAUUAUCUGAGCGAGAGGCUGAACGAAGUCACUACAGUGGCUCAUGCACAGGACACACACCACCACUCCACAGAGAAGCCCCUGAUUCAGUGCUACAAGUGCGGGGAGCCAUGUAAGGGCGAGGUGCUGCGGGUGCAGAACAAGCACUUCCAUCUCAAGUGCUUCACCUGUAAAGUAUGCGGCUGUGACCUCGCCCAGGGGGGCUUCUUCAUGAAGAAUGGAGAUUAUCUGUGCACGGUGGACUACCAACGCAUGCACGGCACACGCUGCAAUGGCUGUGGGGACUUUGUGGAGGGGGAAGUGGUCACUGCCCUGGGCAAGACCUACCACCCUGCCUGCUUCGUCUGCACCAUCUGCAAACGACCGUUCCCCGCCGGAGACAGGGUGACCUUUAAUGGGAAGGACUGCCUGUGUCAGUACUGUGUCGAGCCCAUGUCUCCGGGACCAAAGGACAUCCUGGGCUCCAGCAAUUGCGCAGGAUGUGGUCGAGACAUUAAGAACGGACAGGCUCUUCUAGCCUUGGACAAACAGUGGCAUCUGGGCUGCUUUAAGUGUAAGGCCUGCACCAAAGUGCUGACCGGGGAGUACAUCAGCAAGGACGGUGCCCCCUACUGUGAGAAGGACUACCAGAUCAAUUUUGGAGUUCAGUGUGAGGCAUGUCAUCAGUUCAUUACAGGGAAGGUGCUGGAGGCAGGAGAUAAGUACUACCACCCCAGCUGUGCGAGAUGCAGCCGGUGCAAUCAGAUGUUCACAGAAGGAGAAGAGAUGUAUCUGCAAGGAUCAACAGUGUGGCAUCCUGGCUGCAAGAACACAACCAGAACAGAGGAGAGAUACAGGGAGCGGCCUACGAGGUCGUCAUCUGAGAGUAUUUGUUCCAGACCUGGUUCAAGUAUACCUGGCUCACCGGGUCACACGAUCUAUGCAAAAGUAGACAAUGAGAUCCUUGAUUACCGAGACCUAGCUGCCAUUCCAAAAGUCAAAGCCAUUUAUGACAUUGAGCGCCCUGAUCUUAUUACCUAUGAACCUUUGUACACCACCUCCCUGGAUGAGAGGGAGGAGAGAGGAGAGAAUGUGGGAGAGCUCCACACUGCCAGGAGGGAGCGUUCCCCCUUGCCCGAUGACAAGUUUUCAAGAAACAUGUCGCCAACCCCGCCCUGUGAGGGCUCUUACGACAGGAGGGAACGCAUCCUCCAAAGGUCCACCAGUCAGGGCUCCAUAGGAUCGCCAGUUUAUAAUCGCCAUGGUUACACCCCCACCUUGUCGCGGUCACCACAGCAUUUUCACAGGCCAGAGGCUCUGACAGGCAUGCAGAAGCUCUGCUCCUCCUUGUGCAGUAACAGUGUGGGCUCCAGAAAUAAUGACUCCCGCCCCACCUCCCCUUUCAGACACCACUUUCUCCCCCAUAGCCAAGGCACUGACCCGCUGAGUGGCCGGAGUUCCCCCCUCCCGCUCAGGCCCGACAGCCGGCCGGUCACCCCGCCUCUCUCUCUGACCCCUAAACAUUUCCACCUCCCAGAUCAGGGGAGCAACAUCUACAGAAAACCACCCAUCUACAAACAACAUGAUACAGAUGCCAUAGCACGUCAAAGCAAGUCUGGUGAUGACAUCAUCAGAUCUGCCACCUUCCCCGCUGCCCAUGCUCCCUCUCCGGAUGACAGCCCGCGGAGUGAGGGCGACCAUUGGCCCUGCUCUCUCGCUGUAUUAGAAGGGAGGAGAAGAUCCAGAGAAGAGGACGAGGAAGAGGCCUUGAAAAGAAAGCAGCUCCACGAGGAACAUCUCAGCAAGAUUCAGUCUGGUUUGGGGAAGCUCAUAUUGAAGGAGGAGAUGGAAAAAGAGGAGAUCAGGGAGCGUCACGCACGUAGCCUCUCUGCUCAGCGCUACGACCCCAAACAGACCAACUGUGAUGCAGAUCCAACUUCUCCAACCAAAACUAACUCUCUGCCUGGCUAUGGAAGGAAUGGGCUGCAUCGGCCCCAGUCAACAGACUUCACCCAGUACAACAGCUAUGGGGACAUGUGUGGAGGAGGCAGAGAGUUUCAGCACAUUAAGGAUGGCCGUGCAGCACUUGCAAGGAUGGACAGGGGAGUAUCUAUGCCUAAUAUGUUGGAACCAAAAGUGUAUCCCUAUGAAAUGCUCAUGAUAACCAGUAGAGGGAGAGCUAAACUGCCCAGGGAUGUGGACAGAACCAGACUGGAGGUAUCAGAUUUCCACCUGACUGUCCGCAAUUGAUACUGGAUUUCUCUACUUUGUCGCCACUUAGCACCCGAAAAGUUCUUUGACAUCUUUGGAAUGGAGAUCCAGGAGUUUGACAGGCUUCCCCUGUGGAAACGCAACGACAUGAAAAAGAAGGCCAAGCUCUUCUAGCACUCAGAGCAGCAUGCACACACUGUACAUUCAUUCAGAUAGCACACAACAACUGUAAUCUAGAUGUAGGUUUUGAGUUUAUUUCCUAUUUCUUCUGGGUUUUGUUUUUUUGUUUUAUCCUGGCAUAACCAAGGAAGCCGUGGAAUGGACUCUUUUUUUGCUCUGAUGCUUCCUGAGACUGUGGCCUGAAUGAUUUUGUCCAGUUGGACUUGCACAGGAAACAACGAAUGGGAAUCUCUUCCAUGUUCAAAAUUGACAAAGAAUGAAACUAUAUGGUAAAUAGGGCCAUGUUAUUUGGUUUGACUGCGCUCGUUUUACUUCUUGCUUUGCUUUUAAGUGGAACUGCUUUCUUUUCUUAUUUGCUUGUUUCUUCCUACUAUGUGUUGCUUUUGAUUCCUGUGGAACUUUGUAAGUACAGUAGAACCUCAUGGCACCAUAACAAAAUGCCCAUGCUCGUAGCUUGAACAUGUGUCAGCUUUCCUUUGCUUGGGCUGAAAAAGUUUCAGUCCAAAGUUCGCAAGAAUCGGCUCAGUGAGUCUUUGAAUAAUAAACAUUUAAAAUGAAAAGACACCGGAAAAACAGUCAUCUCACUCAUCGGCGGUUUUAACGGAUCUACGUGGAAAUGAGUCAUCUGAGCACCUACACAUGGCCACUCUCCUGUACAGGCCAAACAUUCAUCUUGACCCUGACACAUAGAAAAUGUCUCUCUUCUCAGGCUCUCAUUAACAUGGCCAGACACUUUCCCUUUACAUGUAUUGGAAGUACAAAAUAUAUAUUUUAGUGCCGUAUCCAACAUACAAUAACCAACAAAUAGAUAAAAACACCUAAUGUGAGAAGCAACUGUAUUUGAAAGUACUGUUUUAUAAAAACCCACACUGCCAUUUGUUGUAUUGAAAUCCAAGCCAAUAAAGCUUUAAAUCACCAUGAACCAUAUGAUCCUCAGCUAUACCAAA